AUGGCUUACCGACACCGCGGCCGCAAAAAUGCCAAGAAGGGCAUCCAAUUCACUCUUAUGGUUGUUGGCGCGAGUGGUACUGGACGCACAACGUUUGUCAACACCUUGUGCGAGUCUGAGGUCCUUGCUCCCAAGAUCGCCGACAACGCAGAGACUGCUCACGUCGAAGAGGGCAUCCGUAUCAAACCUGUCAAUGUUGAGCUCGAGGAAGACGGAACCCGCAUUGCUUUGACCAUUGUCGACACCCCUGGAUUUGGUGACAACAUAGACAACGAGUUCGCUUUCCAAGAAAUUGUCGGCUAUCUUGAGCGUCAAUACGACGACAUUCUUGCAGAACAGUCGCGUAUCAAGCGUAACCCACGUUUCCGCGACAAUCGCGUCCAUGCCCUUCUCUACUUUAUCCCUCCCACAGGUCACGCCCUUCGUGAGAUGGACAUUGAGUUGAUGCGCCGUCUUUCCCCGCGUGUCAAUGUUAUCCCUGUCAUCGGUAAAGCCGACUCCCUUACUCCCUCUGAGCUCAAGGGCUUCAAGAAGCGCGUCAUGGAGGAUAUUGAGUACUACGGCAUUCCGGUCUACAACUUCCCUUACGAUGUCGAAGAAGAUGAUGAGGAAACCAUCCAAGAUAACUCUGAACUCCGUGCCAUGUUGCCCUUUGCUAUCGUUGGUAGUGGUGACGAGGUUGAGAUCGACGGCCAACCCGUUCGUGCGCGUAUCUACCCAUGGGGUGUAGUUGAAGUCGACAACCCCAAGCACUCGGACUUUUCAAGGUUACGCUCAGCUUUGCUCAACUCACACUUGAUGGACCUCAAGUCCCUCACUGACGACGUUCUCUACGAAACCUACCGUACCGAAAAACUCUCGCGCAUGGUUCAUGCAGACAACACAGACGACUCCAUCCUUCCUGAAGAUCUCGCGACUCAAAGCGUGCGUCUUAAGGAGGAACAACUCCGUCGCGAAGAGGAAAAGCUUCGCGAGAUCGAGCUCAAGGUCCAACGCGAGAUCAACGAGAAGCGGCAAGAACUGCUUGCCAAGGAAGAGUCGCUCCGCAACCUCGAGACCAGGCUUGCAGCACAGGGCUCUCAGGCCGAGUUCUAG